CCCCGCAUAACACAAUGCAAAAAGCCAAAGAUCGAAAACGACAGCGUUUGAAGUACGCAAGUCUCCGGCAUCGAUCGUCGGAAAAUUGAAAAAAUGGCGCCGGCGAAGAAGGGAAAAGCAAAGGCAGAACCAAAGGAAACGGUUCCUUCGGAAAAACCUAACAAUAUUCCGUCUUGUAUUCGCUGCAUGCCUCCUUCAUCCGUCGCUAUAACCAUCCACGCUAAACCCGGUUCAAAGUCCGCAUCCAUAACAGAUGUGAGCGAUGAAGCUGUUGGUGUUCAAAUUGAUGCACCGGCGAGGGAUGGCGAAGCAAAUGCUGCUCUUCUCGAUUACAUCAGUUCUGUUUUAGGUGUAAAACGAAGACAAGUAUCUCUAGGUACUGGCUCUAAGUCAAGAGAUAAAAGGGUCAUUGUGGAAGAUGUAACUCAGCAAUAUGUUUUUGACGCUUUGGAUAAAGUCUCAAAACAGUAGUUUGGAUAAAGUACUAUAACAUUCUUGGGGAAGGCUUCUUGCUGCUCUACUAUCAUUUUCCUCAAGAAGUGAAGCCAGAGUAUGUGAAAUUGUGAAUACCUGUUUUAUUAUUGGCAGAAUAUCAAUGCCCUGAUACUAUAAAACCAGCAUUUGUUUUCUAUUUCGGCUUGCUUGUUUGUAGUGCAACUGGAGUUUUGACAAUUUCAUGUCAAUUUAUGCUGGUUAUUUUAUAAAGGCUUGUUUGUAGUGCCCUGGUUAUAUACAUAUGACUUGUAAUGUGCUCUUACACUGUGGUAGUUUUAAAUGUGUAUACAAGAAUUAUUUAAUACAUCUGUUACUCUCUUAUUGGUAUAGCCA